GGUGAUCAAAUCGAAAUCGGAGGUGUAUAAUCUAUAAGCAACUCCUGGAUUUUCUUUAUUUUAUGCCACAGUAGUGUUUUAUACCCUGCCAUAUUUUCUAUAUGCAGAUAUCAUAAUAUUUCUUAAAGGGGUUUUUUAUAAUCUAUUAUGUCGACAGCUAAUGAAAAUCCAAAAUUUGAUAAAACUAAAAUUGGUAAAUUGGAAUUAGAACUUAUGAAACUAAUUGAACAUCAAAACCGAGAUAGAGCUGUUAAAAUCCAAACAAUCCGAAGAAAAAAUAGGAUUACUGGUGCAUUACUGGGUGCAGCAGUUCUUGGAAUAUAUGGUUAUUCUAUUUAUGCGGUAAAGCAAGAAACGUUUCUGGAUGAUUUUGAUGAACCCGCAAAAAUAAUAGAGGAAAAGAAUUGAUGAAAUGACUUCCCUACGUUUACCCCCUCUUCCUACUAUAAAAGAUUUAAUUAAGUUAUAUAAGUUGCGAGCCUUGAAACAACUGUCUCAAAAUUUUCUUUUGGAUGAAAGAAUAACUGAUAAAAUUGUCAGAGCUGCUGGUAAUAUUAAUAAUCAUGUUGUGUUAGAAGUUGGUCCAGGUCCAGGAAGUAUAACUAGAUCCAUCUU